AUGUACUGCCUGCAAUGGCUGAUCCCGGUACUUUUAAUCCCAAAGCACUGGAUUCACCCGAUGUUUCUCGUCGAGCAGGCGCUCUUCAUGUGGUUCUACAUUGUCGGAUUCUUUCUUGAAAGGAGGUUCGUCUGAUCUUUAAAAAACAGUGCUAAUACGCUUUGUGGCUAAAAUAAACAAAAAAAUUGGAAGAAAGACCUAAAUAUUCGUAAAUUUUGGGAGCAGAUGUUAAAAAGCUGUAAUUUUGGCUUUUAAACGAACAGAAAACUGAUGAAACAUUCUAAACAGCUUGGCCUUUCACAAAAACUUCAGUUCUACCUGAUUUCUCACUCAAAAUUUGCAGCUAGUCCGAAAAACAAAAGCAUUGGAGUUGAAAAACCGAAAAAGGGAUAAAACUCACUGAAUUCUAGGCCAAUUACUCCUCAAAAUCACAAAAUCAAUCAGUUUCAGACCGUGCCACAUAUGCUCGGGCAUCUUCUUCAUCGCGCUUUCGCUCAUCUGCUACUCGGACCCGGACAGUUGCAUAUUCUGGCCGACGUGCAGCAAGAAGAUGAACGGAGAGGUGUGCAACUACGUCUUCCGCGACCGUCUCUAA